AUGGGACAAAGAUCCUCCCUAGUACUCGGUCUACAGCAGACGUUCUUCCUGCCCAAGCCAGCAUUUACGGAGAAAGAGCUGGGUGAUUUAUCUGGGACGGUCACCAUCCUCACAGGCGGCUACGCCGGAAUCGGACUGCAGCUGGCGCACAUCCUAUACGGCGCCAAUGCGACCAUCUAUGUCGCUGGGCGAUCACAAGAAAAGGCGACCCGGGCCAUCCAGGAGAUUCAGCAAGCGCACCCGGAAUCAAAAGGCAAGCUUCACUUUCUACACGUGGAUCUUGCGGACCUCUCCACCAUCAAGCCCGCUGUCGAAGAGUUCAUGAAGAAAGAGGAGAGGUUAGAUGUCCUAAUGAAUAACGCGGGGGUAAUGUGGCCGCCCGACGGGAGUAAAAGCGCGCAGGGGCACGAUCUGCAAAUCGGCACAAACGUAUACGGUCCGUUUCUUUUGACGCAUCUGCUUCGUCCAAUGCUUGUCGAGACGGCAAAGAGGAGUGCAGAGGGGAAAGUGAGGGUGUGUUGGGCGGGCUCGAUUGGAAUAGAGUGGGCUGCGCCUCCUGGAUCCGUGCUUUUCGAGACGAAAGGUGGAGAGGAGAGGGUGAAGGAGGGAUUAGAUAAGAUCCCGACGUACGGCAUGAGUAAGUGCGCAAACGUAAUGCUUGGUGUUGAAGGGGCGAGGAGGGAUGGCGCAGAUGGUAUCAUCCAUACCAGCUUCAACCCUGGCAACCUGUACUCGGAGCUUACACGGCAUGCGGGCUGGAUUCAAAGAAUGGCGUUGAAGCCUGUCUUGUAUCCGACCAAAUUCGGAGCCUAUACCGAGCUAUUCUCAGGAUGGUCGCCAGAAGUCACUAAAGAGAAGAAUGGGUGCUAUGUGCUGCCGUGGGGACGGAUUGGGACGUACAAUGUGGCCAUAGAGAAAGCUAUUGAGAAGAACGAAAAUGGGGGCGAAGGCAAGGCGGAGAAGCUGUACGAGGUCUGUUGGGAUAUCACGAAGGCGUAUAUGUAG